ACGGUGUAACGUUGCUCCGGCCAGCACCACCAGCUUCAGUGUCGUUCCGGCCGCGGUCUCGUUCGGUCGUGCUCGGUGAAGGGUCGCAAGUUUAUGCUCCUUCAACACCACCGCGACCGCCUCUCUUCCCGGCCUACUUUCGAUCUACGGAAUACGUUGCGGUCUUGUGCCGAACUUUGUUGCUCCAGCCAUCGUCGUCAAAGCUCAUUAUGAAUAUGGGCUAGUUUGUGACUAUCCUUAUCCGCUUAAGGAUCAGGAUCAAUGGAGUAAUGUGUCACGACACGUAGGAAGAGAAUCUGAACGGAGUUGAGAUAGUGCUCGAGUGCAGGUGUCAUAUUUAUUCCGUAUUGUUGAAGAUUAUUGCGAUCGUGCGCCUGGUAGCAUUGGUGGCGCGGUCCGCGGAUAUUGUAAGAUGAGCCCGGCCUCCCAGGGCGCCCUGGAAGUGGAGCGUUACAUCGGCAGUUGUCUAAUCUCGUCCAACGUGCGCGCCGGAGUGCACGGCAAGCCCGUGCCCGUUUGCCGAAAGCAGGAACAACCAGGGACGAUACGCGGCGGUAAGGCGCGCGGCUGCUAUAAUGGAGGACAGAGUUACCCCGGGCUGGCCGAUCAGCAGCAAUGUCAGGUGCAAUACGGCGGUCCGGGCGGCUGGACGGGUGCGCCGCUGAUAUCAAUGACGUCGAGUCCGCGCAGAUGUAAUCAACGCUCAUCGCCGUCGCUCGGUCAACAACAGCAGCAGCAGCAGCAGCAGCAGCAACAACAACAGCAGCAGACGUGCACUGAUCAGCAGCAAGUGCCACCGGGCGGUCAUCUACAUAAAAGUCCCCUAUCAAGGUUGGCCAUUCAUACGCAGGGCGCACCCCUCAUUCUGGCCGGACGAUUUUACAAUCGUGGCAAAGUGCACAGCAAUAACAGUGGUAAUCCUAAUGGUAUCACUAAUACGCCACCCUGCGGCAACAUCGCCGGCAAUUACGUUCAUAAUAACGCGAACCCGUCCAUGACGAGCAACGUGAACGGCGCGACGAGGUGUCCGGCGUCGCGAAUCGCACCGCAAAGGUCGAUGGAGGUUACCGUCAAGAAAUCACCGACGACGGUAUCUUCGAAUUCCAAGACAGCGGCGACGAACGCCGACUGUUCUUCCGCAACGGCAAAAGAAAACGCCGGUUCCUCGAAUAUCGCGAACAUCGACUCGCUGAGUAUCGCGAGCGACGAGAGCUCCGGCUCGAACAAUUCGGAGAACAGUUUGCCUCGCAUCAUCAAGCCUCGUAAGCGCAGAAAGAAGGAUCGCAAACCGCCGAACAACGUCGUCGCGAGUGGCGUCGACGCAGCUAAACCGGAGGAGCCGCAGGCGCAGCGGCAGCAGCCUGCUGGUUGCGGUGUCGUAGCCGGGGAACAAUCCAGCGUCAUCGGUGUCAAAUCGUACGCACCGACUUGUUACGAACCAAGGAUCUAUGAAGCGGUCACGCCGCAUCUCAGGAACUAUCGGAGGCCACCGGUCAGCCAUCGUGAGAAUAUCUACGGCGGCUGUAGAGCGCCGUCGAUGCAGACAGAGAUGGCGGACAUUAGGCAGCAACGGUACGCGCACCACCGGCAUCAUGUGCAAGUGAAAGUGUUAGACGACAACCGUAACGUGAUCGCGGCGCCGAUUCGUGCCACGGCGCCGCCCAAGGGCUACCGGCAUCAUCAUCACGCCAACGAUAGCGGCAACCUGUCGCGACGUUACGUUCAUGAAUACGCGGGAGAGUCCUGCGAGACUGUUGCCAGAGGGGACGGUUUGGGUCCGUGUCAAUGUCGAUACUGCGAUCCGGCCGGCCUGAUUUGGGACGUCGAUCGGAACGGGUACUCGCCGUUCCUGACGACGACGUUGCCACCGCCACCGCCACCACCGCCGUCGUCGUCCAGCGUCGAGUAUUGUCGCAGUAGUCAUUUCGGCCAAAUACCGCUGUUUUUGACGUCGCCGUGUACGAAUCUUCAGGAACGCGCGCUCGACAGAUUGUUCGACGAGCACUCUCGACUGCACGACGACAAUAGGGACACGGGGCCCGUCGCCGGGCCCGGCGGGGUAGUGUUGAGGCGUAGCUGGAGCGAUCCGACGAGUUACUUCAGUUACGGCGAGGAGAUCACUGCGCCGACGAAGGACGUCGGUGUCAUCGGCGAUCGAGGGGGCCAGUCUGAAAGUGGGAAACACAAACGAGCUCUUUGGCGUGGCGACAGCAUCGGCAGCGCGCCAGCAAGCUCGCCAGCGAACGCGAAUGCGGUGGGCCCGAAUGCCGGUGGUGGGUCCAUCGCGUCUCCGAAGGGUCUGGAGGUAUCUACGGAAAUCAUCACGUCGCCCAACGGUCAUCGGGAUCUGGAGAUCAAGUUCUACUCGUCGCCAUCGCCCGCCGAACGUCUCGCCGAGGAAGACAAGUCGUCGUCGAGUUUCACCGGGGAGGUCGACGACGACGACAACGGAGAUGACGACUUCAGCGAUAUAUGGAGUUACCACGAAUCAAAGUUGCAGCAGGAUUUCCGCACGUUGUUGCAGGCGGAGGAGUGAUGGGUUGUCGUUAUCUAAUCGAAGAUAUUCCCGAGCGCAACGAGCGCUUGCGGACUCGCUCGGUGGAGUGCGAAGUGAGAGCAAAACGGCGAAUGCCAACGGCAGUAGAAUCACCGUGGAGAAAAGGAAGAGGAGAGUGCGUGGGUGUUGACGACGAGGUAUUUGGCCCCAUUCCGAAACGAAGUGAGAAGUACGAACGAUAUAUUAACCUGGUCGCCCGUCAUGCGCAAACGAUUCGAUUGACGUUCGCCUUAGUCUUACGGUGGUCCGGGAUCUCAAGGGGGUCAGAGCCAAGCGAACAACGGUGCCGCUAAGCCUCGACAACAAGACGGCGUCAAAGGCAACAACGAGGAGGGGCUUCUCACCGCUAACGGUGUUUGUAGUAUACGUGACGUGACGUGACGUGACGCGACGCGCGUGCACGCAAUGCCGCACGCGACUCGCCGUCGCGUCGGUACCGAUGUCGCAUCGACACUCCAUCUGAUGUUCCACGUCCAGCCAAGUGAAAUGACUUGAGCAACCGAGAGACGGUGUCGAUCAGCCUCGUCGCGAGCGUGUUAGUCUUACGGGAUUGGAAGAGCGUGCACUUGCGUGUGUUGUGUGCGUACAUGUGUACACGCGAGCGUGCUGAGAUGUGCUAAUACACGUGACCGUGCUGUCGGGUCUCUUUUAGCACAUGAAUUUUCCUUGUAGUAGGUUGUGACACGAUGAUCGGUUCCAAUAAUCGGUACUUUCUUCGUAUCUUUAUAAGUGUUUUUGUUCUCUCUGCCACGCGCAAGAGUACUCGCUCGGAGAUCCGGAGGUGACGGAACGUUAAUUGAACUAAAAUGCUGUUGAGAAAAAUCACCAGAGAGUAAUAACACGCUCCGUAUUUUUAAAACAUGGUCCGUAGUUUUCAAAAUCAAUUCGUAGAUUCGUGCAAUCGAUCCAUUCAAUGUUUCUAUUUGCACCGACGAAUUGGAGGGCACUAGUCGAUUAAUUCUGUUGAUUUAUAAAUACCUAUCGAUAGAAAAUAUUUAGAUGAUUCUUAUAUGGUUUUAAUCGUCGAUUACGCACGACUCUAUGUGUGAAAAUUAACAUUCUUCUCUCUUAUUUUUGCUUCUUCAACGAUAUUCGUGGUAUGACCUACGGCGAGAGAUAAUAUGUAAAAGAAGUCUGUGAGCCAAGAAACAAUGAACGUAUAGAAAUAAGGUGGAAGGGACAAGGAAUAAAAUGUAUAACGUUCCUGAUAUUUUAUGUAUUACCAAUCGGAAUAUCGGAAUGCCUUCACUGUGCCCUUCUGUAGACGUGGGACCACUCAUCUUUCUUAUGCUUCGACUAUAUCUGUUUUCCGAUCGAUUGCCCCUACACAAUGAUUAUAUCUUAUCAUGAAUUUAUUCUAUCUCAUUCCGCGAUCCCACGCCCAAUUCUUAUACUCCAUUGUGUCUUGGCUCCGACGUAGACCCGAGAUCGAUGCGUAGAAUACUAAACUAUAUCGCUUCACGCGUAAUUAGACAGCGGCUAUUUUUCCUCGAUGUCGAUCGAUCUGCAAAAUGACGAUCCGUGCGUACUUUGACAUUCUCUUCUCUAAAUUCUUUGGAGUAAGGUACACUCGAAAAAAUUUAGUGAGUCCUUUCGCCGUUUUGCGGCUUGCUGAUGAGCAACAGUUAAAAAAUGCUAAAUCGUCAAUCGAAUUUGUAACGCGAACUAAACUAACUUUAGCCGUGAAACACUUAGAUAUUCUCGGUUACGCAUCGCGCCAUUCAUGACGGAAACGCGAGACGUCGCGUGCGGUGCUUAUAAGGCGCGUCCGGGAAAAGUAGUUUCGACCGCCGUACUAGCCGCAAGGGGUUAAUCACGAGGGUUAAGAUGUAUACUUGCACGUGAACGCAUGUCUCGUUCGAUCACGCACCAACACGCUCGCGUGAUUGCGAUAUACGCCGGCUUUUUCUCGCCGUAGUCGUUGCCGCCGCCGCCACCAUCACCACCACCACCACCACCACCACCACCACCACCAUCAUCACCAUCACCACCACCGCCAACUCAAGACGAGUAGCGGCGACGUGACCGUUUAAAACGUAACGUAGCAAUUAAUCGGAAGAACGAUGAACGGUCCGGUCCGUUGCUGGCUAGCCACCGCCGCCGCCGAUCGUAAUCGACGUCUGCGCCUUCUACCUCGCUUCUCCCUUCGCGCCCGAUCGCGCGUGAUAGUAGGUCGAACUGUUCCCCCGGCGGGAGAGAGAAUCUUCAUCAUCAUCUUCUUCUUCCCGCGAAAGGGGCCCGCCUCGCGUGAAAGGAGCUACCGUCUCUACUGGUAACUGCGUUUAAUCGCGCACUAUCGCCGCGUUUUAUCGGAUAACUCGAUGCAACGGUUCAGUCUCGGAAUCGAGCACCGAUAACCGGGCAGCUAGCUCACCGAGUUCGUAACAUUGUUUCGCUUUUCCCCCUAUCUCCCCCUCAUGCACGUCGUUUACCGUUGUGUCUGCUAAAUAACGGCAAGCGGACCAGAUAAACGCGUUAUUGAUUUGUACAAUAUCAAUACAAUCAAGUGGAACUAUCGUUGCCGUCAUUUCGCCUCGACCCGCUGGAAUCGGAUGGCAAGAUAUUGUCACGCGUUCCGUUAUGCGAUGUCCAACUCGUCCAGAAUUCACGAUCGGUAGCUUCGAAGUUUGCAUUAUUCACUCUCUCUCUCUCUCCUCUUCAUUCUCAAAUCUACCUCUAUGAAUUAAACAAAUUAUAGUCUCGUUCCAAAUGAAACCUUGCGAAUGUUUGAUAUUUAGAGUUUCUUUUUUUCAUCUCUGUAACGAAAUGUCAUCGGUACUCAACAUACUAAAUAAAUUUGAACUUCAGGAUUCUGAUAUUGAUAGAGAUUUGAACUGCAGUUAUAAAAACUACGGUGAAGGAUCUCAUCGUUAAUUCGUUAAAUAACUUUUGUCAAUUUCUUCCGGUAAUGUUAUAAUCGAUUGGUCACCGCCACGGACCGAUUAUCACGGCGAUCGAAAUGUGACGGGUCGAAGCGCUUGAGACCGAGCGAGGGUGGAAGGCGCGGCAAGAAAUUACGCGGCAGGAUUCAGGCGUUCUAGAGAUAUACUAUAUCCCGAGAUAUAUAUAUAUAUAUACCAUAUAUCUACAUUAGCGAAAGGCCAUCGCGCAGAUUUACACAGAGCGUAGAAGCGAGUAAACGUAGAAGCGAGUCGGCCGGUCACAUACAUACACACGUACACGUACACACGUACACACAGAUAUGCCGUGUCUGUUGCGAGCCGCAUCGUGAUAGGUCGACUCGUUCUUCUGUAAAUCUGCGCUUGAUGAUCGAGAGAGUCUCAGUCGAGAGGACUGAGGUCGCGCGACGAAUCCUGUGAAUCCUACGUCGUUUUGUAUGCGUUAUACGAAAACUAUACCACCUGUACCCGUUUCCCUGCGACAUUAUACGUCAGCUAGACUGACAAGACACGUAAUACGAGCCACCCAGCGUCAUUACACGCCGUCACAUAGGAUACACGUACACACAUGCACACGACAAACUCAGCAAAACCACCUAUCGUUAGAUAAGUCUAGAAUCUAAGGCGAAUCCAUUUAGAUUAUUAUCUCCGUUGUCUAUAUGUGUAUAGAAGAAACUGCGUUUUGUUGUCACGAUUUCGGAGCGCGCGAUGGAAAAACACGACGACGAUGACGAGGUACGAUUGGGGAAUACAAUGGGUGGAUAUUUUGAAUGGGUGUUUUUGCGUACGAUACGCGUUUCGUUUUGGAGAAAUGGAAGAAGAUGAAUAUACGUAUUCACAAAUAAUGGAAUAAUAGAAGUAUUUUUUUUCGUUCGUGUUCAAAAAGAGACAAGUUCGAAAGAAUACCGCAUUGUUUUUUCGUUACAGUUACAAAACGUGCAGUUACUAAAUAGCUAUGUAUUACAAAUGCAAACGGCAAUCGGAGAGACACAGGUUUGGCGUUCCACUUUUCCGAGAUAUAUAACGCAGUGGAAUUAUUCAUGAAUAUUUAUAUAGUAGCCGUUUCUCCAAAAAGAAGCGCGCGCGGAUUAAACUGGGAGGAAACCGAUGAAAUCUUGUUAGUAUUCAGUACGUUCGCGGUGCUGGGCAUACGAAGGGCAGGCCAUAAAAAUUCGACAAUGGCGACAACGACGACGUCCGUUUGGGCUAUAACGGGUGUGCGCUUUGUGCGACGAGUUUGACGUACGUGGCGAGCGCGUGUUUCCCGAGCGAACGCGAAGAAUGAUAUUAGCAAUAUUUCUCUCCUGCCGGCUAGUCGCACUUUGCGUGGCAAGUUUUAUUGCCGAGUGGCGACAGAUAAAUAUUGUCCUUGGUUCCUUGUUAAGAUGGAGCCGCGCCAAGCAUCGAUGCAUAAUCGUGCAAUGCGUACACAAGGAAAUUGCAUGCGAGAGAGAAAAGAGAAAGCUAGCAAGAGUGAGAGAGAGAGAGAGAGAGACUGCUUUAAUAACAUCGUCGUUGAUUUUUCUUCGAGGAUUCCUACAAAUCGUAUCCGAGGAAAAAGGCCUGCCAUUCGCAAAUGUUCGUUUAUGUUUUAUCCGAUUGCGUGCGAUGUUUGUAGUCGCUGUUGUAUCGACGUAUUUUCGGUUGCUGCAUAAAAUGCGCUAUUUGAGUUUAUCGGACGUAACGUACGGCAGGAAAAGUAAAAACACUCUUGGGACUGAUUCACGAGCGAUUACAGCGCGAGCCUAUUUUAAGACUAAGUCGUAAAAACAUUCGUAUUUAUACAUAUAAGCGGCCUUUCUUAAAGUCCUUUCUUAUCUAGGAUUUUUAAUAUAUAUGCCCGAGUUGUCUAGUAAAUUUGAAUGAAAGGAUUAAAAAAAGGGAAACGUCAUGUCUUAUACGUCCUGCACUUAUUCAUUGUCAACAAAUUGUCGCUUUUGCUGCAGAUUGUUUUGCACAGAUUUCCUUUGUUAGACCGAAGUGUGUGACUUUGCUUUAAACAAUCUCGAUUAUUCAACAGCGUAACUUAUAGCACGUUUUUGCGCAUUACAUUAUUGUGAAAAGUAUGCAGCUUCUGUAACGCAUCCACGUUCUCGGAUGACGAACAAUGCAGCGAUCGUAAAAUUUUAUUUGAAAAAUAACGAAGAGAUAAUACAGCGCAUUUGUUUUAUGUACCUCUUUGCAAGGAAUGGCGACUUUAGUCCGGGAAGAUUCAAGUGUUUUUCGACGAAUAGGAACGGUGAACGACGUCUGCUGAUUUAGCCGCGGAACCUGUUACGAACAGUUUUCUGGCGAUGCAUCGGCGGAAGUGACCUAAUUUAUUUACCGUUCUCUAAGCGCAUAAAAAAUUUGUUAAGAUUCGCUUAUGCGAAUGUCGCGGCCGAGAGAAGUGAGAAUUGACGAAUAAACAAAAGAGAGAAAAAGAA